AUAUAAACCAAUUAAAUUACAGUCUGCUCUAAUCUCAGCGCGGCAUUCUUCUCUCUUCGCAGCGCCAUGGAUCUGGUGCUCGUUGAGAAGGCGCUACUGGGCCUCUUCGCUGCGGUGACUCUUGCCAUCGUCGUCUCUAAGCUUAGCGGUAAGAAGCUCAAGCUCCCGCCGGGACCUCUUCCGGUACCGAUCUUCGGCAACUGGCUUCAGGUGGGCGACGAUCUCAAUCACCGAAACCUUGCCUCCAUCGCCAAGAAGUUUGGUGAGAUCUUUCUUCUCCGAAUGGGCCAGCGCAAUCUCGUCGUCGUCUCAUCGCCGGAACUUGCCCGAGAGGUCCUCCAUACUCAGGGCGUCGAAUUUGGCUCCCGAACUCGCAACGUCGUCUUUGAUAUCUUUACCGGGAAGGGCCAGGACAUGGUCUUCACUGUAUACGGCGAGCAUUGGCGCAAGAUGCGUCGCAUAAUGACCGUCCCUUUCUUCACCAACAAGGUCGUGCAGCAAUACCGAUAUGGCUGGGAAGAUGAGGCCGCUCGCGUCGUCGAGGAUGUCCGUCAAAACCCUAAGGCGACCACCGAGGGGAUUGUGAUCCGCCGCCGCCUGCAGCUCAUGAUGUACAACAAUAUGUACCGCAUCAUGUUUGAUCGAAGGUUCGAGAGCGAGGAGGAUCCACUGUUCAUGAAGCUAAGGGCCCUUAAUAACGAGCGGAGUCGCCUCGCUCAGAGCUUCGAGUACAACUAUGGGGAUUUCAUCCCCAUUCUCCGGCCGUUCCUGAGGGGUUAUCUCAAGAUCUGCAAGGAGGUGAAGGAUGUGCGACUCCGCCUGUUCAAGGACUAUUUCGUUCAGGAGAGGAAGAAAUUGUCGAGCACGAAGCCGAUGGAUAACGCUGGACUCAAGUGCGCGAUCGAUCAUAUACUUGACGCCGAAAAGAAGGGCGAGAUUAACGAGGAUAACGUUCUCUACAUCGUCGAGAACAUCAACGUUGCAGCAAUCGAGACAACUCUAUGGUCAAUCGAGUGGGGCAUCGCCGAGUUAGUAAACAACCCCGAAGUCCAGCGCAAGCUCCGUGAAGAACUGGACACAGUCCUAGGCCCCGGCAACCAGAUCACCGAACCUGACACCCACAAGCUCCCCUACCUCCAAGCCGUCAUAAAAGAGACCCUCCGGCUUCGCAUGGCCAUCCCCCUCCUCGUCCCCCACAUGAACCUCAACGACGCCAAGCUUGGCGGCUACGAAAUCCCCGCCGAGAGCAAGAUCCUCGUCAACGCCUGGUGGCUCGCCAACAACCCCUCCCACUGGAAAAACCCCGAACAGUUCCGUCCCGAGCGCUUCCUCGAAGAAGAAUUCAAAGUCGAGGCCAAUGGAAAUGACUUCCGAUUCAUCCCCUUCGGCGUCGGCCGCCGCAGCUGCCCCGGCAUCAUCCUUGCCCUCCCUAUUCUGGGAAUCACCCUCGGCCGCCUCGUUCAGAACUUUGAGCUCCUGCCUCCUCCGGGCAUGGAGAAGCUUGACACUGCUGAGAAGGGAGGGCAAUUUAGCCUCCAUAUUCUUAAGCAUUACAAUGUUGUCGCCAAGCCCAGGGUUUUCUGACGUAACGGUCUCGGUUAAGAGUUCCUAUUUUGUUUGUUGCUUUGCUUUAACUUUUCUAAAUGGGUGAGGGAAGGAAUGGGUUGAUGAGUACUGGUAAUGUCUGGUGUUGCCAAAUCCAAAGUUUUUGAUGAAGUUUGUGAUCAGAAAUCCUGGAUUUGGCGGACACCAGACUGUUAUGGAAUUCAUCAACCCAUUCCUUGAAGCUUGAUACCGCUCGGUCAAGUUCUGGUUCUAUUUCUUGCUUUUAUGUACAUUUUCGAAGUGAUUGAAGGAAGC